ACAAGUCUGAACUCUCAGCUCUGAAAUUCUGAAUUUUCAGUCCUACUCGGAUUCUUUCAUUCCCUUUCGGUUCUCCAAAUUCUGCAUCGUUGCCACACUCUGCACUCUUCAAUUCCCAUUUCACAUUCCCAAUUUCCCUUCGCUUUUGAUGGGGAAAGGACUAGGCUGUGUUCCCAGCAAGAAGAAGACACCGCCGGUUACCAACGAUUCUCCGCCGGUAGCCGCCGGAGGGUCGAGGGACGCGCCGAUCCCGGCGGAGGAGGACGCCCACGCCGAACACACAAAUGCGCCGCAAAUUGAAGAAACGGCGUCGGCUUCGAUUCCGGCUGGUGCGAGAUUGAAGAUCUUCAUCGUGUUCUAUUCGAUGUACGGGCACGUGGAAGGACUUGCGAGGAGGCUGAAGAAAGGCGUGGACAGUGUGGAAGGCGUGGAAGGGGUUUUGUAUAGGGUUCCGGAGACAUUGUCGAUUGAGGUGUUGAACAUGAUGAGGGCGCCGCCGAAGGACGAUACCAUCCCGGAGAUAACUCCGGGAGAAUUGCCGGACGCCGAUGGGGUGUUGUUUGGGUUUCCGACGAGGUAUGGGGCGAUGGCGGCGCAAAUGAAGGCUUUCUUUGACUCAACGGGACAGCUGUGGAAGGAGCAGAAGCUUGCAGGGAAACCUGCUGGGUUCUUUGUUAGCACUGGCACUCAAGGAGGAGGCCAAGAAACUACUGCUUGGACAGCAAUCACUCAGCUGGCACACCAUGGAAUGCUAUUUGUUCCUGUUGGAUAUACAUUUGGACCGGGAAUGUUCAAGAUGGACUCCAUAAGAGGGGGUUCUCCAUAUGGUGCAGGAGUGUUUGCAGGUGAUGGCACAAGAGAGCCUAGUGAAACAGAACUGGCACUUGCAGAGCAUCAGGGCAAGUAUAUGGCUGUUAUAGUCAAGAAGCUCGCCCAGUCAUGAUGGUGUUUUCUUGAUUUCAUUCAAUUCUUGUUGAUCGUCUGUAUUUUUUGACCUUUCCUUUGUUGUCAAAUCGGUUCUGGCAUUUUACCAUUGCAUCGUGACGAGGAAUGACAGCUCUGUUCCACUAUCAAUUCUGUUGGGGUUGGGGAUUCCCAUGUUGUUCUAGGUUCUGCAUUGUUCCGGAAUCUGUAGAUGUUGAUAAUUUUCAUCAAAUAAUAAUGUCUAUUUGUGUAUCUUCCUGUCCCCGUUUUUUUUCUUGGUGUGCCUUGUGCAUGAGUGUAUUAUGACCUGGGAAAAUUAUGAGUUUGAUUAUAUGAAUUAUUAAAAAUUAUACAG